AUGAAGCUUCGCUACUUGUCUACACUCGCUUUUCCUUUCCUUUCUUUUGCAAAUGUCCUAGAAGAACGUGAAUAUUGCUAUCAAGACGACUGUCUUCUUGCACUCAAAGGCAGUGGAUAUGGAUAUGGUUAUGGUUAUCCUGUCAGAGCAACUACAGACUGCUCUAAAUACAUGACCACGACAUACACGAAGGAUCCAAACGUAUCAAUCGUACGUUCGUCGCCGACGGACAGGCCUGCCCCUGUGAUGCACCGAGCACCUCUUGAUCAAUAUUACACCCGCGAUCGAUCCACCACCUACGGAACCGUCCCAUACUAUGCCACCACAACGAAAAAGUUCACUUUGACGAAGACUAUCACGAAUAUAGUUACUGCCCCGUGUACGACGGCGGCCCAGAUUAGUACUACGUACAACAUUACGAUGACCUUUAAUGGCACUACGUCUACGACCUCACUUAUCAUGACUUCCGAUCCCGAUAAUACGGGCACUGGAACUGGUACAGGCACAGGCACAGGCACAGGUACAGGUACCGCUCCGGUCACCUCGCCGUCUGAAAGCCGUUCGCCCACGGCCACAGAUGUUGCGACUGCUACCACUGUUACUACUACUCGAUUAUCCCCUACACCACCAUUUCAGAAUACAACGUUCUCUAGGAGUACAAGCACUAGUGCCACGGAUGGUGCGAACACGACAACAGCCAGUUUCAAUACUACCAUCACGGGUACUAGUACCAGUACUACUGGACUUGCCAAUAUUACUACUACUAUUCUGAAUACUACGACAACUAUAGUACCAACAACAGUGAUCACCUUCAACUUGACGGUUAGUCUCUCCAAUGCAACAACCUUCGUUCCUCCCACGACUGUUCCAACAUCGAACAUUACUCGCUCUGCUUCCAACACAACAACUCCUGCAACAGCAACAGCAACAACGCAACUCCCAACGGACACAUCUCCCACGCCAACAAGCUGCCCCAUCACCGGCCCUAACAUCGUCUUCUGCAAUGGCACAUGUCCCGACGUGAGCACCGAUCCCCAGAACUGCGGCGGCUGCGGCGUGCAAUGCCCCUCCGGCAACACCUGCACCAACGGCGUCUGCACGCGUCCGCCCUGCGACUCCCGCUGCGGCAGCCUGCGAACCUGCGGCAGCAAUUCGGAGUGCAUUUGCGGUGUUGAGUCCGGCGGCAGCGGCCUCUGCUUCAACGGCGGGGGCUUCUGCGACGACUACCAGAGGUGCAAUUCCACCGCUGACUGCGGCCUAGGAACGGUCUGCGUGCCGGGCACCUGCUGUGUAGGCGGCGGGGGGCUGUGUCUGAAUACGAAUGGAUGUUCCAAUGUGCUUGCGGCUGGGUUGAGCCAUCGUACGAAGAAGAUGCCGACGUUUGGACGGUUGACUAUUGGGGAGCUUUUGAGGCUUGAUGGUGGUAUGGGUCAUCGAUAG